AUGACGAAGUCCAGACACACACAGGACUCAGAGCUCAGCCUCACUUUACUCUGUUAUACUGACACAAACCCCACAGACGCUCAGGACACUGUGUGUGACAGUAAUCACACCUUGAAUCAGGAUGAAUCUACUGAUCAAACCUCAACAGAGUCUCUGGAUUCUGUCUGUAACGCUGGAGAACAGCAGAUCCUGAACACCAGACCACUGAACAUGUGUUCUGUCACACUGAUGGACUGCAGGAAACUGAUAGAGAUGAGAAGACAAACCACAGAAGAAGAAGAAGAACUUCACACUGAUGAAGAUGAGAAUCAUGAUGAUCAAGAAGACAACGAUUUUAUUCCCUCAGAUGAGAGCAGUGAUACAGAAGAGGACAGAGGGAUUCAAAGGAAGGAAAAAAAGCACGAGUGUCCUCACUGUGAGAAGAGAUUUUACACUGCAUCUCGUUUUGAAAAACAUGUGCGUUUACACACAGACGAGAAACGGUUUCUGUGCAGCGAAUGUGGAAAAACAUUUAUAAAUUCAAGUAAUUUAAAAUCACACCAAAAAAUACACACUGAGAAACUCCAUCAGUGUUCACACUGUGACAAACGUUUCCAUUCGAAGUCAUAUUUGAUGGUUCAUGAGAGAAUUCACACUGGAGAGAAACCUUUCCUCUGCUCCGAGUGUGGAAAGAGUUUUACUCGCAAGAAUAAACUCACAGAUCAUCAGAGAGUUCACACUGGAGAAAAACCUUAUCUCUGCAAUGUUUGUGGGAAGAGCUUUACUCGGUCUGGUGCUUUCAAAGAUCAUCAGAGAGUUCACACGGGAGAAAAACCUCAUCACUGCAGUUUUUGUGGGAAGCGUUUUAGUCGACAUGACAAUUUGAAGACACACGAGAGACUUCAUACUGGAGAAAAACCUUACAAAUGCUGUCAGUGUGACAAGGCGUUUACUCAGCGAGUUCUUCUGAAACUCCAUCAGAAAGUUCACACUGGAGAGAAAUCCACCAGAUAAUCUGAGGAGGGACAUUCACUUAUUAAGAAGGUUUCAUGUUCAACAGAAGAAACAUAAACAAUCUCUCAGAAAAAACCUUCUUAAAAGAUGUACAGAAACACAUGAUUCACAGUUUAUGCUAUCAUUGUUUUUAUAAAAUACAGAAGCCAGAUUAGAUCUAAAACCAAUUCAGGUUUAUAUAUCAGAACAGUUGAUGUGGUGUUCAGUUCUGAUCGACUACAGGAUCAUUCAGUACAGUUUAAUAAUGACUCUGUUGUACAUAUUUCUGAUAUCUAGUCAGUGACAUAAAUCACAAUCUAUGUUAAAAUGUAAAUUAUUCUUGGUUUGAGUCUUGUUGUGUUAUUGUGUUUGAUUUGGGAAGUGUCCAUAAACUGAUUCUCACCGUUGUUAUGUGAGUUUUGUUUUGUAUCCGAUAUUAUUAAAUUCAUUAAAAGUCGCCCUUUCUGAUUCUCUGUAACUUCAAGAGAAGUAACAGUUUUUAAUGUCUGAUAUCGUUCACAAAACCAGACUCAAAAUCGGACCUAAACGGCUCCAAACUAGUGUACGUUUACUAAAUCACUACUAAUAAACUCUCCUUGUGAAUCACAAACA